AUGGCUUCUUCACGUGCAUUCGAGAUGCUGUGCAUAGUCCUUCUAGGACUAGGUCAAAUGUGCAUGUUUACUGGAUACGAUACUCAGUCCUUCAUUGCCGAAUCAGUGCUGCAUUCAGUGAACGGCCGUGAGCCGGAGCGUAUUGAUGUGUUCGCUGGAUAUUAUGGUCAAGCCACGUGCUAUGCCACCUACCUGAUCACAUGCCUGUUUGCUCCGUCGAUACUGAGGAUCCUUUCGCCAAAAUGGACUCUCUUUUUUGGCUCUUGUGGCUUUACUGUUUAUCAAAUAGGGUUUUUAUACCUGAACAAUGUCUAUUAUUAUGCAUCGUGUGCAAUCAUGGGAGUUGGAUUCGCACUGUAUUACACUGGCCAUGGAUCUUAUCUUACAUCUCACUCAACAAGGAAAACUCUCGAGCAAAACGCGGCCAUCUCGUGGACGAUUGCGUGUUUGUGUAUGGUUAUGGGAUCAGGAAUAUUGGCUGUGAUCUUCUCGUUGAACACCAGCCCCAUCAUGCCUCUGGUGGAAACGCUGUCGAAUGUGACUGAGCCCUCAAGCCCUCAUAAGGCUGCCUAUCGCCAAUUCUCUGACCUCGAAAUACGAAUGAUGUACGGUGCAUUCGCCGCCAUAACGUUCUGCGCUAAUCUCAUUUUCGCUUUCACGCCAUCACGUGAAAUCGACGGUUGUAUCGAAGGGAAGCAAACGAGGGAUAAGGGAGAGUUCCGUGAGGAAAUGAGACAGAUCCGGCAGAUUUUCAUCGACAAGCGACUAAUCAUUUUGUCACCCCUGUUCCUCCAUUUGGGACUUUUCACCGCGUUCUGGAUAUCCGUCUAUCCAACGUCAUUGAUAUUCACCAAAUCGCUCUCUACUCAUAUCUACCUGCCUGCACUCUACAGCUUGGGCGUUGGUCUUGGAGAGGUUGCCAGUGAGUCUGCUUUUGAUGUAGAAGCUGGAUUUCUUGGUAUGAGAGUGGGAGUGAUCAUCAGCACGAUGUCGAAACGAAUUAAAGAUUUUGGGCUGGAACCCACGAUGUUCAUAGGAUUCGGACUCACAACCUUUGCAAUGUUACUGAUUGUGGCUUCGGUACCGACAUGGGCAACCGUUCAGCUUACCGAUGAACCUGCCUGGAUUAUUCAGCCCAGUAUGAUGCUAUCGACUGCAAUCGCUUUCCUCAUUGGUAUGGCGGAUUCGUGUGCGAAUAACGUUCGGAAUGUGAUCUGUACUCUGGCUCUGCCCGAUAAACGAGCACAGACGUUUGCCAUUUCGAAGUUCUAUCAGGCAUUGGCGAGUGCAAUCCUGAUGUUCACCAGCCCUUAUUUGUCGAUUCAACACUACACUGUAAUAAUCAUCAGUAUAGUGUCUUUGUCUACAGUAUGCUUCGUUCAUAUAGCUGGAAAGAUGAGGAAAAAUGAAGCCCAAACAAGCAAAAUUUUCCCUUUUGACGACAGCUCAACGGAAAAGUUCUGA